AUGUCUGUUCACGAACGAACUGCUUUAUUAGACAUACAUGAUGUUUCAAGACAUAGAAAUGACGGUUUAUCUGUUUUCUUUGCUAUUAUAUGUAUUGUGGAUGUUUUCGGUGUGUUUCCGAUUGUGGCAUUGCCAAAGGCGAUAAUUGAUUGUGGAUAUUUAGGAAUCCCAAUGAUAAUUACUGUGUGCAGUCUUCAAAUUUACACCGCCACUUUGUUGGGAAAAUGUUGGUUGAUGGCAGAUAAUUUGUACCCAUCAAUCCACAGAAAAGAUAGAUACCCAUAUUCCGCCCUUACAGAAUUCACCUGUGGUAAAUUUGUUGCAAAAUGUGUAGAACUCUUGCUGGAUUUAACUAUAUUCGGUGCUGGCAUACCAAAUUUGAUUCUGGCUUCACAGAAUGUACACCUUUUGGGUCUGAGGCUAAGUAACAAUACGUUUGAUGUCUCAUAUUGCUAUUGGAUCGUAAUUAUGGGGUUGCUUCUUUGUCCAAUUUUGUGGCUUGGCAGUCCUAAAGACAUGAAGCUAUUAUGUACAAUCUCUGUGGUGGUUGUAUCGAUGGUUUUCGUACUGAUUUCCUUUUGCCUUCUGUUUAGUAAUACUAAGGAAAUUGAAAGUGAGGACGACACAUUUCGACCUGACAAACCGUUGUGGGAGACAAUGUUGACAUCAUAUGGCAUAAUAGCAUUCCAGUUUGACAUUCAUCCUAGUAUAUUGACUAUACAAGUAGAUAUGGAUGAACAAAGAAAGUUGCCAAGGGCUGUACUAGGUGGAUUUUCAGCAACUCUUUGUAUGGCUGCUAUUAUAAGUAUUUUAGCUUCAAUCAAAUAUGGAAACUUAGUCCAACCUAGUAUUUUAGAAACUCUUCCAACUUCUUUAGCUUUACAUUUAGCUGCUGCUUUGGUGGCUUUACAACUAUGUUUAACUUCAGCUGUCAGUAACAGCGCAUUAUAUCAACACAUGGAAGAUUGUUUGGGAAUUUCUAGAUAUUUUAAUCACAAAAGGUGUAUUUUACGAACUAUAUUAACUCUACUUGCUAUAGUCUUGGCAGAAUCAGUUCCAAGGUUUGAUUUAGUGAUGUCUUUAAUAGGUGGCACAUUAACUGGUCCCUUGGUUUUUAUGCUACCACCAUUUCUGUACAUCAAAAUGUUAUCAUUGUGCAAAUCAAAUGAAGAAAGGAUGCACAUGGAAACGUUUAUGAAAACUGCCUACUCAACAGACGAAAGAGGAAGUCUUUUAAUGACAACCAAACGCUAUUCAAGUCGAUUUAGUGAAGAAUUCAACCUUAGCGUUAAUUUCAUUCACAAAUCUAAAUGGUUGAUAUACGACAAAUUGCAAAUUGCCUUUUGCAUAUCGAUUAUAGUUUCCAGUUUUGGAAUGACUUGCCUCACCACGUAUUUUAAUGUUUACGACGUAAUGAACUUCGCGAAUUUCUCUAAGCCUUGCAUCUAUAACGUGUCUGCGUCAUUGUUGUAUUUAUGA